GAACCAGCGAGUUUCUACUCAAGCCAAUUAAUUCAUCAUUGUCGUCUGGACUUCUUCUUUUCUUCUUAUCAUUGUGUCAAAGAUAAAGGCAUCAAGCUCCAUUCGAAUUCCCAUAUCCAAAAGAGAAUCUCAGUGUCUCAUUACUCUUACGUCUUGCUUCUUCUUUCUUUCUUUCUUUCUUUCUUAUCAUCUGCGAGGAGAAAAAGGGCAAGGCAAGGCAAGGCGAGGCGAAGCAAAUCAAAGGGAAGCACCGAGAUAACACAUCAAAAUACGAUAAUCAGGCCGUUUGGAAUCCACAGUCGAAUCUCUCCCUUCCAUUCUCCAGUCCUCAAUUUUUAAAUCCUCUCCACGCUUUCUACAUCUUCGCCGCAUAACACCGCUUCGAGCCAAGUCAGACAUUCAAGUUUCGCACAAUGGCGACCACGGAGUUAGCACAGCAACAACAAUCUCCUACAAACUCACAACAACAUGACCGUUCAGAUCAAGUAGGAGGACGUCGCAGGCCAUUUUCAACAUGGAUGAAAAAGUUCACUAAUUUCAAAAGUGGCUCUUCGACUGCAAAUUCCAAUCAAACCACUAAUGGAAAACGAAAUGGUCAACCAACAAAGGCGAGCUUAAAGAAACAAUCUCCUUCGAAAAACAACAACCCAUAUCCAGAAUCUGGUCGCAUGAAUGGUACCGCGGCAGCGCCGGCCUCUCGCGAUCGUCACUUGUCAUUCUCAACCGUACCAACCGGUAACUCGGUCAGCACCUCAUCGUUGGAAAGAAGUAGAAGAUCAACUCGAUAUUCCGAGGAUGGACAGCCACCGCCAACAAUUGGAAACAAAUCAGUAGCUCCGACAACGGGCGAGGAACACGAUGUUGCAAGAUCAGACAUUGCGGCAUCCCAUGCGCCAUCUUCAGGCGAAGCUACAAAUGGUACAAUAGGAUGCGGGGUUAGCACUGGUAGAGGAGCUGAUAGCACAUUUUCUUCUCCGGCACCCUCUGUCAGAUCUUUGACUACAACUCUUACAACGAUUCAUUCUGCUGGAGCUCCCGGUACUACUGUUUCGCACAAUCAUGCCUCGAAUAACACGCAAGGCAUUCAAUUCACACACCAAUUUCCCACCUCUCCACCAGCCACAGCCUUACCCGCACAUUUGGCCCCACAAGGUAGUGGAGGUCACCCUGCAACAUACAAUACAGCCACAGCAAACAAUCUCCUCACAGAUAACGCAUCUAUCUUGACUUUGGCUUCAUCUUCUAAACGCAGACGCAGGCGAUCUAUGGAUACUGAUGCAUCUGUUCGUGCUUUGGCGCCAUCUUCGGUCUUUGGUGGCAGUCGUGAAAGUCUACCAUUGAGUGUAUUGAGUGCUACAAUUGACGGUUCCACAAUCACAUCUCCAACUGGUCUAUAUCAACCACGUCCCAUCGCCAAUGAGAGAGCUAGUAUUUACUCUUCGACAGGCGUGGCUCCGGCUUUACCGAGUGAAAGGAAUAGCUAUUACGCGAACAAACAAUCUUUAGCAAAUGAUGGUGGAAGCGUGAAGAGUGGGUUAUUGGGCCAUGGCAGGACAGACAGUAUCUCUGGAAGUAUCGGUGGCAUGGCUGCUCCAGGAAGCCCACUAGCUAGCCCACGCGAUCCUACAGGCUCUACCGGAAGAUUAAGUCGAAGUAAUUCGGGCUGGGGUGAAAAUGGUGAACUUGUGGUCACGGAUACUACGCACACUCUAGACGAAGAAGAUACAAAAGACAAAAUUGUGAAGGAGGAAUUGGAAGAAGAGAGCGUCAAGUAGUUUUUCAUAAGGCUGGGUACCUGGAGCGUAGGGAAUUUGAGGGUGAGCGAUGUUUCAAAAUAUGAAGAUGGAUUUAAGGAUGGAAAGAAAUACGGAGAAUGGACAUCGAGGAAGAUGUAGGUUGGUGUUUGGGUUCUGUGGUUUACGGUUUAUGCACCAAAGAUACCCGAUAAUUUUUCAUCGAACUUCUAGGUUCUUAAUUCCCAAAUGUUUCAGUUUGCUGCUUUCGAGAAUGCUCAUAGGGAUGAUUGUGUAAUCAUCGGAUGGUUCUGAAACAUGAAAUAUGGUCUGAAGUUUUCCAUCUGAAGUAAUCUCACAUGGGAUUAUUUAUAAUCCAUUACAAUUGAUAACAUCAGACAAUUUCAUUGAAAUUUCAAUACGCA